AUGAAAGUUCUGAUUGUCCUGGUCCUGCUGGGCCUGUGCUGCUGGCCUGUGAGUGCCUCAGUGCAAAGCUGUGGGAGAAGCUGCGGGACCCGGCCCUUGGCUGAGCACCACGGGGUGUUGCGCGUCGUGGGCGGCAGCGAUGCCUCCCCAGGAGCCUGGCCCUGGAUCGUCAGCAUCCAGCUUCCCGGGGCAGCGGGCAGCGGGCACAUCUGCGGAGGCUCCCUCAUCCACCCCCGGAACGUCCCGACGUGGCGCAUGGUGUUCGGGGCCACCCGGCUGUCUGAGCUGGGCCCCGAGGCCCAAGUGCGCAAGAGCAAGCGGCUGCUGAUCCACGAGAGCUACCGCAGCGGCGCCUUCGAGAACGACAUCGCCCUGCUGGAGCUGGACGAGCCCGUGCAGUGCAGCGACUACGUGCAGCUGGCCUGUGUGACUCACUUCUCCGACGUGGUGGUGUCGCAGCUCACAGACUGCCGCGUCGCUGGCUGGGGCUACACCGCGGAAGGCUGUGAGUGCCCCCGGGAAAGCGCCUGUGAGGCCAAGGUCCGCCUCAUCAAUGUCAAGCUCUGCAACAGCAGCGAGUGGUACGGAGGGGCCGUGCGCAGCUACAACCUGUGUGCUGGCUACCCGCGGGGCGGCAUCGACACCUGCCAGGGUGACAGUGGGGGCCCGCUCGUCUGCAGAGCUCCACACGCCAACUUCUUCUGGCUCUUCAUUGGCCUCUGCACCGGUGCUGCAGAAGUGCAGCAAUACCUGUGCACUGGAACCUUUGAAGUGGAGAGUUACUGA